AUGUCGACGACGAUCACAACCACCAAGGCCGUGCCCAAGUCGGCCAAGAAGAGUCGGAUCGUGGUACUGCGCGUGUCGCACGAGCUCCUGUCGCAGUGGCCAUCAGAUACCACUGCAGAAGCUUCUGUCAAGCGAAAUUCCAUCAACGACGAGGCCUCACCAUCCAUACAACUGCCCGACACGGCCGACAAGUCAUCAGACUCGAACGCAACACCGGUGCCUGCACCUGCAAACGACGCUGCUACCACUGACAGCAAUUCAUUGGCACCACCAAAAAUCGACGGUAGGAAGAAGAGAGGAGGCGCUGCCACCGGUGGCCGCAAGCGAGCACCACCAUCCAUCGACCCGAACGCUCCACCCAGGGAGAGAGGUCGACCCGGCCCCAAGAAGAAGCCAAGAUUGUGAGUCGAAGCUGCUCUUCCUAAUCCAUGCGACGAGCAUAUGUUGCACCAGAGGAAAUGAACGCUAACUCUUCAUAGGGCUGAUGGAACCAUUGACCGCUCUGGAGAGAAGGGCCCUACUGGAACCAACCCAAUACCCGCGCACAAGCUGGGCCCGAAAGCCAACACUGGCGCGAUCAACGCUGGCCUCCGUGCGCUCGACCGUACCGGCAAGCCCUGCCGCAAGUGGGCGAAGAAAGGCCUCCAGCUCAAGUCAUUCACCGGCGCGAUAUGGUCCAUGCCAUCUUGGAAAGCGCCACCUCGCGACCAAGGCUUCGCUGGCGACGUGAAGAGUGACAGCACGGGGUCCAGUGAGGUCAAGCCUGUCAACGAGAGCAGUGCAGUGGCGAGUGAGAGGAGCCACAGUCAUCUCGGCGGUGAGACCGCUACUGGAGGCGAUACUACCAUGAUGAACGGCAUAGAGAGCUCACCAGCACCUCCUAUCGCCGCCUAA